AUGAAAUCAUUUCCAACAAUGGAUGUGAAUAAUAAGUAUUACAAAGGUGGUUUUGAGCCUCAAAUGACUAAAAGAGAAGCCUGCCUAAUAUUGGGAAUUUCACCCUCAGCUAAUAAACUUAAAAUUAAGGAAGCUCACAAAAGAAUUAUGCUAUUAAAUCAUCCCGACAAAGGAGGCUCACCAUAUUUGGCAGCUAAAAUAAAUGAAGCCAAAGAUUUCAUCGAAAAUAAUAAGUAG